AUGCCUACGUCUGCACAACUGAAGCGGAAGCGCUCCCGGGUGGCCUGUGAGCCAUGCCGGGAGCGGAAAAGGAAAUGCAACGGAGGGAACCCCUGUAUGACAUGUGUGAACUGGGGUUACGAAUGUUUCUAUGAGGGGCAUUUCGAACCGAAAAUCUCACGCUUAUCCGAGUCUGCAAGGCCGACAUUGCUAGAGGAGCCGCCUGCCGAACGCCUCAGCCAAGGAAGGGAACCGGCAGAACUCCAAAAUGUUUUCCGAUGUAUUGAGGCGAAUUCUGGAGCGGCUUUCGUCAGGAGGAUGGGCCUCAAAGUCGAUCCAGCGAAUGCACCCAAGUUGAAUCUCUUUGGGUGGAAUAUCGGCCCUCGCCAAUUACCGUCUGGCCUAGGACCUAUCUGUGCCUAUCCAAUCGUCGAUAUUCUCUCUCGUACAGAUAUGGAGUCACUGGCGGGCAUCUACUUUUCUAGAGUACACCCAUGCUAUGGCUUCAUCGAUCGUCAACAGUUUUAUGAGCGCCUGGAUGCCCGGUGGGCUUCACCCCUCACCAGAGACCCGUACGAUGGUGUUCUCAGCGGUGUCGCAGCACUAGGGUCCCUGUUCUCCGAACGGAGCGCGACGAUUACUGAAUUGAACCUAGUGGAGGCUGCCCGGUCCAUUCUUGACAUUAAUGGCUUAAGCGGCACACCUUCCGUAGAUUUUGUGACAGGCUGGACGCUUCGCGUGGUCUAUAUGCGGAUAACCGCUCCACCCCAUUCUGCAUGGAUCGCAAGUUCCACCUUGAUGCACCUCAUCGAGGCAUCGGGUCUUCACUUGGAAUCCUCCUUUGAAACAGUCCUUUCCCGCGGCACGCAGUGCAAUCAAGAUCUUCAAAGACGGCUUGUUGGCGUGGCACAGCAUUUGAAUAUGUGGAUUUCCUACGAUUUAGGUCUUUCCAGGGUGUCACUUCAAAGCAGCUUACCAUCCCUCCCGGUACCAAGGCCCGAUGAUUAUACUACCGAGCUUCUGGGUUUGCUUCCAGCAACAGCAAACCUGGACCCAGAAAAAGCACAAGAUGGCAAAGACCUUGAAUCAUCGCUUCUACAGGUCUUGAGCAGAACUCAUACAGAACCUCCCUCCGUCCUCGCCCAAUGCAAUCUUCUGCUCUGUCUCCUUCGACGCCUAUGCGCAUUACACGUCAACAUCUCGACUGUUGCGAAUGGAGAUAUCCUUUCAUUACUGAAGAAAGGUCUCCAAGCGGCACGCACUCUGGUUGUGAACUGCUGUCCGUGGCAGCAUAUAGCCAACGUACCAUUCCACACUAUUUGUAUUCUUCUCGACAUGGAUACCAAUUCAUCCCUUGAAGUGCUCCCAGAGGCUAUGCAGACCCUGAAGCUUGUUGCAUCCAGUUACAAUACCAGUACAGUAAGGGAAGCCUAUGAUACCGCGCGUUUGAUCGUUUUUCUCUAUCAGAGGCGAAGGUCUGAGGAUGCCAAAUUUCUGAGGGAUCUUUUGGACAAAUGUGAGGAGCAACCGGAGUCCAGUCUUUCUUCCCGUCAAAUUGGCUCCGCCUUCGAAGAGGUAUCGUGGCUGGAGGGUUUGAUCGCCGACAUGCCAAGUUUGCAAGGGUUCGAUCUGAGCCAGUUCUUACAGGACCAGUCACCCGGACCACCUCUAGACACUGGUCUUCCAGAGCCGACAUAUUUGCCAUAA